UUUGGUAUUUUUUAUUUGACUUCUGUGUUUGACAUGAAGUCCUGUGUCUGUGACCUGUAUUUUGCUUUUUAUCCUGAAAAUUAUGUAAUUUACUAAUUUCUCGCCACUUGGAUUAAUUAAAUAAACAAAUAAAUCACACAAUGCUGAAGUUUACUAUUAAAUCUGCUAUACUCGGUUCAGCAGUAUAUUAUACAGUUGAUAAAGGAGUAUGGAAAGACAGUACGACAACUAGUGAAUUAUAUGAAGAAUUAGAAAAAGGGGUUUCCCCUUAUGCUGGGGAAUUGAAAAAACAGAUACCAUACGAGUUACCGCCUCUGCCAUCAAAUGAUAGGUUGACAUAUUUAUUUAAAUACUAUUGGAAUUGUGGUGUGAAGACUACAUUUAGAUUUCUUGUCGACCUCCCUACACAUGCAUCUAACGCUGCAGUCAAGACAUAUGAUUUUAUAUCAUCUUCACUUGAAACAAAUCCAGAUGCACAGACUAAAGAUGUAAAGUAAAUAUUAAAAUACAAAUUAGAAACAAUACAUACCUGUUGAAAAAUAAAAUGUGAUAAAUA